AUGAAAGAAGAAAAACCUCCUGAAGAAAAUCUAACUAGAUUGAUGGAAUUUGUUCUCUUGGACUUUGUGGAGGUUCCCCAUCUCCAGUGGUUUUUAUUUACAUUGUUCUUAGCCAUAUAUAUUAUUAUCUUGUUGGGCAAUAGUACCAUAUUUCUGAUAACAAAAGUGGACCCUACUCUCCAGACCCCCAUGUAUAUUUUCCUUGGUAAUUUUUCUUUCUUGGAAAUCUGCUAUGUAUCAGCUACACUCCCCAGAAUGCUUACAAAUCUCUGGAGCCAGAGGAGAACGAUUUCUUUUGUUGCCUGUGCUACACAAAUGUGUUGUGUUCUUGUACUGGGGGCCACCGAAUGCUUCCUGCUGGCCGUGAUGGCCUAUGACCGCUACGUGGCCAUCUGUAAUCCUCUGCACUACCCUCUGGUCAUGAACCACAAGUUCUGUGUCCAGCUGGUGGCCGGCUCCUGGGUCAGUGGGAUUCCAGUCCAAAUAGGACAGACUUACCAGAUUUUCUCUCUACCUUUUUGUAAUUCUAACCGCGUCAACCACUUCUUCUGUGACAUCCCCCCAAUACUCAAACUGGCCUGUGGGGACACCCUUGUGAAUCAGAUGAUGGUUUACAUAGUUGCUGUAUUGUUUGUCACAGUUCCAUUUCUGCUGAUCCUUGUCUCUUAUGGCAAAAUUGUCUCCACCAUCCUGAAAUUGCCAUCAGCCACAAGUCGGGCCAAAGCCUUCUCCACCUGUUCUUCACAUCUCAUAGUUGUGGUUUUAUUCUUUGGAUCUGCUACUAUAACUUACUUAAGGCCAAAGUCCAAUCACUCUGCUGGAACUGACAAACUGCUCUCACUUUUCUACACCAUACUGACUCCCAUGUUCAAUCCCUUGAUAUACAGUCUCAGGAAUAAGGAUGUCAUAAUGGCACUGAGAAAACUGCUAUAUAAAUAA